AUGUGCCGUGGUUUGGCUUGGCGCCAGGAUGGAGGUCCAAGCUUGAGACAAGGUUGGUUGAUGGGUUCCGUGGGAGUUGCCGAUUGGCUCGCCCGUGGUUGCAGUUUAGUCGGGAACACCAGACACCGACCAGCACUCGGGUCCGCAAUCGGGAUGGACGCGAACGUCGUUGAAAGGAGGGGGCAUCGGUAUCUUCUAGGAUACUUGCAUACGGUAGCCUCAGCCGCCCUGGGAUACGUUUAUGCCUGCAUGAUCUUUUCACAAGAAUGGGAUCACAGCAUAUGGCUUCCACAACCUGCCCAUGCUUGUGGGGUUGGAGCUGAGUUCGAUGCAACAUCAGAAUCUACGAUAAAGGGUAACUUGGGUAUCAUGUACUCUACCGGCAAAGCAGCAUACAAACCUCUACCGAGCUAUAGCGCUAGAGUAUCUGAUGCGGCAUCCCGAGGCUCUGUUCUCCGGUGCAUGCAGAGAAGUUACAUGCAUCUAGGCACGUAG